AUGGAGUAUAAGAGGAUCCAUGGCGUUCAGGUAAUGGCCUUCUCUCUCUCUCUCUCUCUCUCUCUCCCCAAAGCAAACAUCAACGGGUGGUGGGACAUCAGAUCACUUCGUUUUCCUCUAGGCCGUUCUCUCUCUUCCUCGUGCACUAUCAGCCAGCUGAUCCAUGGUAUCGCAAAGGAUUUACGAAGUUCAUGUAGUGCUCUCCUAUCUUUCUCUCUUGCUCGCUCCCGCGCUAUAUCUGUGUUCAGGAAAUCAAUGAAAACCCAGUACAACGCCUCGCCGACAUGGUGGAACCACCGUAUUCGGCCAUUCCCCUGCGUUUCUCUCUACUCGCCGACCUAUUCUUGGAAGAGUUCAUCGUCAUCCGCUCGCUUGCAGAUGCAUGCUAUUCUCUGCUCCUCCGUCACGUCUCUCCUUCUAUCUAAGCCCUUCUUCUGUAGAUUGAUCCUCCCGGUCUCCCCGCUUUCUUUCUCUGCUAGAAAAAAAAAAAGUGUACUGUUGUAAAGCAUCAAAAUCGUUCUCCUCUCUCUCUCUCUCUCUCUCUCGUUCUUCUAUCUCUGUCGAUGCUCCAGUAUUGCCUUGUUGCAGCCAUUAAUCCAUCCUAUUUUUCACCAAAUGAUGUGUUCUGAUCUGGCCCCGGUUCCUGACCCGCAGACGGGGGUGAUCUCCCCGAGCAAGCUGAGGAUGAAGCUCCUCGGUGUCCACAGCCACUGGAGGAAUGACGGCGGGACUCCCUCCUCCAGAACCUCCCCCUCCAAGCUGGAGGAGCUCGAGCAUUCUAAGGGCAGUCUACUCGCAGACCAAGACGACGGUGAGAAGGAAACCCUACAACCAGGACGAUUAAUGUUCAGCUUUCUGUCUCUCUAUGUUCUCCGGGGAUUGCGCAUCCCGAUUUUAUUUCUCUUGAAUUGAUAAUUGAAAAGAUCGGUCGGUGAUAUCUUCAAAUGUCAACUGCAGAUGGGAUGAGGCAUCCCGGGGGUGGAGGGGAAGAUGGGGGACUUCCUGCAGGGAGGUUCCUCCUGAGCCAGCCCCAUCCGGCCAACCAGAGGGCAGUACUCCCCGGGAGGUCGCUGCCGGAGGAAGGCGGCGGCGGUGGUGGCAGCGGCAACGGGUACGACAGCGGGCACGAGAGCGGCGGCGCAGCCACGGGGUUCGAGUUCCACGGCGGAGAGAGGCCCCUGGUAGUGGGGCCCUUCCAGCGGCCGAUCCCCUCGAAGUGGAACGAUGCGGAGAAGUGGAUCAUCGGCCGGCAGCCAGCCCACCCGAACCUCAUAAAGAAGACUCUGAUGCAGCAGCGUUACGGCGGAGGCCAGCCUCUGGCCGGCAACCUGGGGAAGGUCGCACCAGAGGGGGUUGACCCCCUCGUGGCGGACUCCAAGAGGGUCGACUUAAGUCAAGUGGCCACCAGAUUCCCAUAUGGGUCGUUGAUCUCUCACCCAGCGCCAGAGCCCAGGCGGGGGGCUCCGCGGUCGGCGGUCGCCUUCUCCCCCAUCGUCAUAGACUCCGCCAUCUUCCCAAGAGCCGACCCCAGCCCCACGGAGCCGCCACCGCCGCCUGUGGAGAAUUCCAGCCUUGGUAUGGUGGCCCAUCGACAUGGUUUAAAUUUCCUUGGCUCCAUGAGCAGUGAGACAGCUUAUUCUACUGAAAUCACCGCUGAAGUUUCUGUUUCUGCAUCCUGGCUUGGAUUAGUUCUACCAAGGAAAUCUUUUUGUUUGAGGAAAAAUAUCCGCAAUGAAACUUUACUCUGAAUUCUUCGAGUCUGAGUAUGCAUCUAUAUAUAAUAUUUAAUGUUCUAUGGAUGUUGAUGGUGGUGUGUGCAGCGCCUGGGGUGAAAUCGGUCUCCAUGAGGGACAUGGGCACGGAGAUGACUCCCAUGGCGAGCCAGGAGCCAUCGCGGACUGGGACCCCGAAUGGGGCAUCGACACCGAGUCGCAGCCCCAUCUGCUCACAGCCUUCGACCCCCCGGGGGGGCGCCCGGGCACCAGUGGUGGCGCCGCCAAUUGAGGUCUGCUCAGAGAAGGUUUUAGAUGCUCGGGAUGAUGGCAGAAGGGCUGAAUUGUCCGAGAAGGAGCGCCGACAGAAGACCCGGAGCGAGAUCCUUGCCCUCGGACUGCAGCUGGGGAAGAUGAACAUUGCCGCAUGGGCAAGCAAGGGUGAUGUUGACAACGAGGGUGGUGGACGGGCCCCUUGUGAAGGGGCGCAUCAAGCCCAACUCAAGAGGGUUGACUUUGAGUCACGGGCGGCGGUGUGGGAGGAGGCAGAGAAGACCAAGCAUACUGCCAGGUCUGAUGAUCAGAGAAUAUCCGAAGCAUUAUAUUAAUCCGGGAGGGGCAUUUAAUUUGGACGAAUGCUGCCGCUUUUUGUUCAGGUUUAAGCGCGAGGAGGCGAAGAUUCAAGUGUGGGAGAGCCACGAGAAGGCGAAGAUUGAGGCGGAGAUGAGAGAAGUCGAGGUACCUUGGUCAAUGCUCAAUUGUACUUUGAUUGUAGUUGAUGAUCUGUACUUGGGUGCCGUUUUAGUCGAAUUCUUAGAACGAUCCAUGUCGUCAAACUAUAACUUUUUCGUGUGAGAAUUGAAGUAUUUUUUUUUGCUGAGAAACUUGGGGAUUCCUCUAGGCCCGUGCAGAGAAGAUGAAGGCUCAGGCCCAUGAGAGGAUGAUGAGGAGGCUCUCCGCGAUCAAGCAGCGGUCCGGGGAAAAGCUCGCUACUGCUGAGGCCCGGAGGGAGCGGCAAGUGGCGGCCACCUGCUGCCAGGCGGAGCACAUCCGCCGGACUGGUCAACCCCCUCCGCCGCCAGGCUGCCGCCGCCUCUGCUGCUUGUGGUUCUCGUAA